UCAUCAGAGCAGCGGUACUGAUCUGACAAGGAGUAAGAGAUUGUAAAAUAACAGUUAUUCUCAAAAGUUAAUGCUCUUCCGAUCUAAAGCAAGAACGAGCACAAAUGAAGACAAAUCCAUCGAUUAAACCCUAGCGAGAAUAAUUACUGAAUGUGGCUCAACAACACACGCAAUUUGAAAUUUGCAUGUGCGCCAGAACUUCGCAAGCUCUUUUUGCCGGCGUGGCCUCGAUCUUGAGUCAUAAGCCGGUCUUAUCACUCUCAAUCUGGCCGGUGGUCGGUCAAUAUUGUGGAAGGGUUGGCGUGACCACUGUGACGUCACUUUUGACCACCCCAUUCGCCUCUGUGCCGCUUUCUCGAUUUUCGUGACGCCACACGUGGCGUUCUUCCAGUCGUGGUCAGUGGUUGAAUGGCCGGCUGGAAACGCGUCUUGGACAGCCUGUCCGAGCAUGGCGGCCGCCGCUCGGACCCUGGCAUGGCCGAGGUCGUAUCCAUGGCCCUCGGGAUGUCCUGGGCGGCGAAGAGCUGGGACGAGGCCAGCAGCAGAAACUACGUUCAUUUGGCUAGGUUCCAGCAAAGGCAGUUGAUAGAAAAAGAGCAGAAGUUGCUUCAGAUGCUAGAGGAUCAACAACAGCGAACCAUACAGAGAGUAAGUGGCCGUGGAAGUGCGGGUUCAAACACUUCUUCAGGCUCAGGGUCUUCCACUAAUUCUACAGGCAGAGUUAGGCAGUUACUUGAGGAGCGGCGGUCUAUGCAAUCAUUGUCCUCAUCAGUGUCCUCCAUGAGCAGCUCACGUUCGCAGUUGUCCGAGUCUAAGUCGAUGCCCACCGGCUGGGACCGUAGCUACCCCCUUGACCCCCUGAAGCCCAAAACUAACACCACCAGGGCUCCCGUCAAGCCUACUACCCAACGCUCGUCAACUCUGCAAGCACCCGUCUCCAUGAGACCCACCACCAGGACCAAUCGGGGUCCCUUGCAGGACUCGAGCAAUGGUUCGUCACCUUUUGGAAGACUGUCCAACGUGGGUGCUCGGAACGGACUUGCAAACGAUGCGGAAAACAGUCUUAGUCAGCCUGUUGUGUCGAAGAAGCCUUUGGUUAAAGCCCUGGCUGAGCCGAAAAUUAAAGUGGCUCCUUUGAAACGAGAGCCGGUUGCUCCAAGGCCGCGCCCUGCGCCCGCUGCCGUGUCGCCAGUGACCUCUCCAACAAAGUCAGUCAGUCCUCCUUACUCUACAGAUUACAAGGCACCAAAGCCAAAGUCUUCGCCGUCUUCGGGAGCUGGUUCCGCCGCACCCCCCGUGAAGCACACAGAGCCAUGUCCUCCUGGCAUGGCCGAGUGCGGUAUGUGCGGCCGGCGCUUUGCUGAAGAUAGGAUUGGAAAGCACGAGGACGUCUGCCGUAAAACCAAGCAGAAGAAGCGCAAGGCCUUUGACCCGGUCAAGAUGCGGACCCAGGGCACAGAGGCCGAAUCCUUUGUCAAAAGUGCUGGCAGAAGGGGAGCAGAGCCAGUGAAAAGGCAGCAGCAGCAGCAGCAGCAGCAGAAACAACAGCAGAGCACUAGCAAGGGUAACUGGCGUAAGAAGCAUGAGGAGUUCAUUGAGACUAUUCGUCAAGCGCGCAUGGUUAAGCAAAUCAUGGAUGCUGGUGGCAAACUGUCUGAUCUGCCUCCGCCCAAGCCGAUGGACACCUCAGACUACAUCCAGUGUCCGCACUGUUCGCGCCGUUUCAGCGAAGGCGCCGCCGAACGCCACAUUCCCCGUUGCGCCAACAUCAAGUCCAACAAGCAGGCUCCCAAAGGCCGCAAAUAAGCUGCUCUUGUCCCCCCUGUGGCUGCCGUCUUAAGAUUCCAAUAUUUUUAUACUGAUGAGAGAAAUGCCGAGAAAAUCAUUGAUGAAACUGAUAUGAAGGUUUACGCAUUGGUAGAUUAAAAUAGUUUCUUGAUCUUAAAACAAAAUUUAAUUACUUUAUUUCAUUGAUUGGGAGCAAAAUGUAAAAUAAAUUAUGAGUCUUUUUAACAAUGGAAUGGAGCUUCUAACAAGAAUAGAAAGUAUUUUUACUAACAUAUUUCCAAUGUGAUUUCUGAUUCAUUCAGAGUGCAAGAGCAAUGAAAUUUUAAAAACCAUAAUUUAAUGAGGGAUAACUAAAGCGAACUAAUAUAAAUGAUCAUUUCCAAUGAAAUACAGCAUUUUAAAAAAAUUCAAUGUUUAAGACAAAAAGUGAAGUAACGGAAAUUCCAAACAUAACUUUUUUUUUAAAAAAAUCUUUUAGUUGGUAUGUGGUAUAUGACUGACUGUAGGCUUAUACUAUUUGAUCAUUUAAUAAUACCCUUUGCGCUCUCUAAAGUUAAGAAUGAUUUGAAAAUUUAGCAUAAACAUACAAAGAUGAUUUAUUUUCACGAUUUAGAAAAUUUUCUAGAUAAAUUUAAGAAACAACUACUAAGGAUUUUUUGUUUCUGUGUCUUUAUGUUUUUGGUCGAAUUUCAACACUGAUCGAAACCAUUCACUCAUUUUUACACCAUAAUCUCUCAAUUAUCUUGACAAUUACUAUUACAAAGACAUUUCUGAUUGCAAUUUAAAUACCAAAUGCAGGUGGUUCAGGCAUUUGGCACUUUCUUAAUAGUGUAUUCAAAAGAUUUUUGUGUCUUCACACUAUUCAAGCUGUUUACUGUCAAUUAUAAACACUUCAUUUAUGACACAAUUUCAAAAAAGGUGUUUUUUAAAUUUAUUCUCCUUAUCAAACAGCCACGCCACUUUGAAGAAGGAUAAGUUUGGAUUAUCUUCAACUAUUGAGUUCCUAAUAUUAAAUUAUUAACCCUUUCGGAGGAUUAUUGUUUGUAAAACCUAAGAGUGCUUUCAUUUGACAUUCAUUUACUCUUUACUAUAAUAUGUAUUUAUGAACUAACAGGAUGUAAUAAUAAAAUUUAAAAGAAAAAUA